AUGCUGUCUUCCCUAAUUUCGUACCCAUUCUUCAUCCCAACACACGUUAUGCCGGCGUUGCCCUUCUUAGCCCUCCUCUCCAUUUGCAUAGCCAUUUAUCACUUCCGAAACACUCAGAAGUCUUCAUUUCCCCCUGGCCCCCCUUUCCUCUCUUUUCUCUCCUCCGGUCCCACGCGCGACAUCAUGCGCUCACCAAAGACCUUUGCCGACUCUCUGGAUACGCUUUGCAACACCUACGGUGCCAUAUUCCCACUGUGGGUAGGCCCCUCACGCGUCCUCGUCACUUCUGUCCCCGCAGACAUCAUUCACAUCUCCUCAGAUCCUCACAUCUUCCCACGAACGCCCAAGCUCCAAUAUGUCUUCGGCCUCAUUGCUCCCGGUGGCCUGUUCAGUAUGUCCUACGCGCCUCACCGUAUCGCUAGACGGAAUUUGAGAGACCGUUUCAAUCACUCUAUGCUGUCCGGUUUUCAUCAGGCCAUGUCCAGGUCAGCUGCUGAACUUUGCGCGAGUCUUGAACUAGCCGUACGUAAGCAAGAGACGGUUGACAUUUCUGCACAACUGUCGGCGAUGUCCUUAUCAGUCAUUCUCAACGUUGCCUUUGGAACCGAGAUGAGACGCCAGGAGCGCAAUCGUUUUGCAAACGAUGUCUCUUUGCUCACCGAAGAGCUCAUGUCAGAGAUGGUGAAUCAACCUUUUCGACGAUUAUUUGCCUCCUUUGGGUCCAGAAACAGGAUGAUGCAAUGCAAAGACAGGCUUUAUGCCUCGUGCAACGAGUUUAUUUCUAAACGCCUCAAAGAAACAAAAACGCAGAAGGAAGCCCGACAGUCGGACAUUCUAGACUCUCUUUUAGACCUGCAGGGUCAUUCUGAUGAAGAUCUAGUCGCUAUAGUCUUGGAGUUUGCAGUCGCUGGGUACCACAGUGUCGGUACUGCAAUCAUAUGGAGCAUGUUGGAGACGUGCUCCUCCCCACGCAUCGAGGCGAUUCUUCACAAGGAGUUGGAUGAGAAAUGUGGACGCCGACCUUUACAAAUGCCUCUUACGAAGGAGGAUGUAGAAAGCCUGUCCUACUUAAAGAAUGUGUGGAAGGAAACUCUACGACUGCAUCCUCCAGGUGCAAACAUCUUGCGCCUUGCAGAGGAAGAUAUCACGCUGAGAGGAAGUGGUGUUCACGUCCCGAAAGGGACCGAGAUUUACGGCAACAUCCGCAACUGCCAUCGGAACCCUGCUGUAUGGAAAGAUCCUCUAAUUUUUAAGCCGGAGCGAUGGGGUUCAGUUGAAAACAGUAUUGCAGUGGAGCGAGUACCAGCGGGGGCGUACAAUCCGUUUGGUAUGGGACAGUUGAAUUGCGCCGGGCGCUUUCUGGCCGAGUAUGAAGGUCCUCUUGUACUUGCCGAAAUGCACCGAAGGUUCAAGUUUACGUUGGCGUGUAAUCCGAGCGAAGUGAAGAAUUUCUCGACAAUUGUUGAGACUCCGAGGUUUGUGGACAAGGAGACGGGUGCCAAUAGCGGCGUUCCCAUGUUGGUGGCACGGCGUCAAUCUUAG